UCCUCGCGAUUAUGCAUUAUGGUCCCUUAUUGUCGUUACGUUUUCUCUUCAUUUUGCUUCCACUUUUGUACAAAAUGAUAAAAGAAAAAUAACACCUAGCUUUUCAAUGUUGAAAUGAAUAACACACUGUACUUCCUUUUUUUUUUUUUUCUGUUUUUUUAACCCCUAUUGUGUUUAACUCCUUGACGAUCAAAGGGAAACACAAUCUGAGUACCUCUUAAUUGUCAAUUGAUAAAUGGAUAAGUACCCGAUUAAUAUUGUUAAGAAGCUGUGCUUCAGUAGUUCUCCUUUUUUUUUUUUGCAAUUUCCGAGUAUAUUUUCUACAUAAUUUUAUCACACUGUACUUUUGUUUUCGUUACAUUCCAUUUCGCUUACAUUAUCAAAACUUGGUGAAAUCCUAAACGGCCUUCCGCCCCCAAACAAAAAUGACAAUUGUUAAUGUGACGGUAAAAUGGAAGAGUCAUGUGUACAACGAUCUACAACUCGACACGUCUCAGUCGAUCUUGACAUUCAAGCAGAUGCUAUGUACUCUCACCAACGUUCCUCCAGAAAAACAGAAACUGAUGUAUAAAGGCCUCAUCAAAGAUGACACAGAUCUAUCCACACUAAACAUAAAAAAUAAUGAUAAAAUUAUGCUAGAUCUCUCCAAAGAGGAUAAAGAAAGAUUACAUGCAAAAGAAAAUAUCCUUUUUGAAGACCAGGGAAUUGUGAAUUUAGGAAACACCUGCUACUUCAACGCAGUAUUGCAAUUCUUAACCUCCUUUGAUGAUUUAGGGGCUUUCCUUUGCAACAUAAAAAGAAAGGAAAAACAUUUAUUGAAAUCCACGAACGAUAUUUUAUUCGAUUCAUAUAUUCACUUUUCUCAAACGUUUGGAAAAUCCCCAGAGCCAUAUGUCCCUCUGGAAUUGUUAAAAUCGUUUAGGGAUGUGUUCCCCAAAUUUAGAACUGUAAAUUUAAGGACGAAACAAUUUGCACAGCAGGAUGCAGAAGAAUGUAUGAACGCCAUUCUUACGUCAUUGAAUGACCAGACCGAGUGUAAAAUUAGCGAUACGUUGUUUUCAUUUAAGGUGAUCAGUAAGGUUAGGUGCAUAGAGGACGAUGCUGCUGGGGGAGAGAAACCAACUAGGGAGAACCCCCCAGGGGAUAACGCACCAAGUGAAAAUCCACCCACUACAGCCGCAGGGGAGGAAGUAGAAACGACAGAAGAGUUUCACAAUAAACUGAUUUGCUACAUGGGAACACACACUACCCCUGUGAAUCACAUGCAUGAAGGAAUAAGACUAUCCCUGAUUGAAAAAAUCCAAAAGCAGCGAUCUGAAGAUAGUAAGGAAGAUGCCCUGUUUGAAAAAAAAUCAGAAGUGAACUCCCUCCCACCAUAUCUAAUUGUUCACUUUUUACGUUUCGAAUCCAAGAAGAUUUCCGAGUCGAAUAAUGCCAUUUCCGUCGUUACUGCCAAAAUAUGCCGAAAGGUGAGUUUCCCAGAGACGUUUGACAUUUAUGAUUUCUGCUCAGAUGAACUGAAGACUCAAUUGAAGGUAGCUCGAAAUAUUGUGAUGAAGAGGAAGGAAGCCGACUUGAACGCUCGCGGGGGUGCCGAAAGUGUCGGAGAAAGCACUGCCAUAAGUGCACAGAAAAACGAGGGCACGAACGAUAAUAAUGCCAACGAGAGCACCAACGGGAUCACCAACGAGAGCACCAACGAGAUUACCAACGAGAACACCAACGAGAGCUCCAACGGCAAUACGAACGGCGUGACGAGCGAUCAGGCAAUGGCUGCGGAGGAGAUGGGUGAUAAGGAUAGCAGCCCAACGAAGGAUUUGACUGAAAUCCCCAUGGGGGAAUAUGAACUGAUUUCAAUAAUCACACACAAGGGGAGAAACGAAGAAAGUGGUCAUUACAUUGCCUGGAAAAAAAUGAGGAGCUCUAUAGGCGCAGAUAGCAAUACGUACAAGGAAGAACUAACCAGUAAGAAAAAAAAGGAAACGAUUCCAUGUGGUAUAAGAUGGAUGAUGAUAAGGUAA